UUGAUAUGCUGGAGCUGCAGCGUGUUGUAUAAGAAGGAGCUGCAGGGCUGCAGGGCGCGGAGGAGAGUUAAACAGGAUCACGUUUCUCCUCUGUGAGCUGAAGAGAUUAACAAAAUGUUUGGGACCGUGGUGGUUGGAGUUGGAAUUGCUGGCUUAGCACGGAUCCGAGACUUGAUGAAUCCAAUGCCUUCUAGCCCUUCUGAGCACCUGAAACUCCUUGGAUUUGUAUCCAGGAGAAGUUUUGGCAAUAUUAAUGAGGCCAAGCAGAUUAGCCUGGAAGAUGCUCUAAGAAGCAAAGAGAUACAGGCAGCCUUCAUCAGCACAGAGAACAAAAGCCAUGAAGAAACCAUCAGAAUGUUUUUAGAAGCUGGGAAACAUGUCCUCGUUGAGUACCCCAUGGCUUUGUCUGCUAAGGCGGCCCACGAGCUCUGGGAGAUGGCUGAGCAGAAAGAUAAAGUCCUCCAUGUGGAGCAUAUUGAACUUCUGACUGAAGAGUACAAGCAGCUGAAAAAAGAGGUGGCUGGGAAAGACCUUGUGAAGGGAACAUUGCAUUUCACAGGUAGCGUCCUCGAUGAAAACAAAACAGGAUUCCCAGCUUUCAGUGGAAUUGCCCGGCUGACUUGGCUGAUUGACCUCUUUGGAGACCUCACUGUUACCUCUGCCACCAGAGAAAAGCAGAAGGAUAAGAAUUAUUCCAGAAUGACCGUUCACUUUCAAACGGCAAACAAGAAACCUCUGACUUGGAUUGAAGAAAGGGGACCAGGGAUGAGACGUGAAAAGAAAAUCAACUUCUGUUUCACAAGUGGUUGCCUGGAGAACUUCCCUCAAGCCCCAAGGUCUGCUGUGGGCCUUUUCAUGCAGGAUCAGAACCUCUUUGCUAAAAAACUGCUGGGCCAGGUGUCCAAGGAGGAGCUGGCUGCUGAGAAGUGGCGAAUUUUGCGGUGUCUUGAACUUGCCGAGGUGAUCCAACAGCACUGUGAACAGCCAGAGAAAAUCUGUUCCUGAGACUGCUGUUAGGGAAGGAGGAACGCGGCAGAUGGGAAAGCUUUAGGGCUAGAGCUCACUGUUGCCAUCAAGCAGUCGCUAUUUCUGUUUCAUUAUCUUCUUUUUGACUAGUUGUGACUCCUAGGCUCUCUAGGUGGGCUGGAGAACUUGGGCUAUCCCCUGUGCCUUCUGGUGU